GAAAACGAAAGUUGGCAGCCGGUCGUGUGCUGCUGGCGAAGUUUCAGAGGAGAGUGUUAGAGAUGGGACACGAGGAGCGAAAACGAAAGUUGGCAGCCGGUCGUGAGCUGCUGGCGAAGUUUCAGAGGGCAAAGAAGAAAGGCAAGAAGCGUAAGGUGGUGACAGGCAUGCGUGACGCGAAGGCAGUUUCGGAUGCAGAGAGCGUCACGUCCACCACCUCCGCUCCCUCACGCCUGUAUUAUGAGAGCGAUCAAUCCUUGUCAAGUGCAGACGAAUCGGCUGAUGAGGUGGUGCCACACGGUGGCGGCGACCGUCGGAAGCCGACGCUGCACGACAUGCAGGAGGUUCUCGAGGAGCACUGUCUUCUAGAGGAAAAGCUGAGCGAGAAGGAAGCCGCGCUGUCCUGCCUGCAGGAGGAGCUGCAUGAGAAGGGAGCCUCGCUGUCCUGCCUGCAGAAGAAUCUGAGCGAGAAAGAAGCCUCGCUGUCCUGCCUGCAGAAGAAUCUGAGCGAGAAAGAAGCUUCGCUGUCCUGCCUGCAGAAGAAUCUGAGCGAGAAAGAAGCCUCGCUGUCCGGCCUGCAGAAGGAGCUGAGUGAGAAGGAAGCCUCGCUGUCCGGCCUGUAGAAGGAUCUAAGUGAG